UGAGCAGCCUGUGCCCCAGCCGCCGGUUCAGGAGAGCACUGCAUGGAGCUAGGGGAGGGACCCGGCCACCUCCCCCCCCUCCCCAUCGACCCCACCCCAGAGCAUCCCCAACUAAAGGGUGACCAGGCCCCCCUGCCAUGUCCACUGAGAGCUCCCCUCUGUUGAGCUACCGGCUCUUCAGCGUGGUGGACGAGGGGGAGAUGCCAAGCAGCCGGGCCCAAGAGGAGGCACCCCUCGUGGGUGGGGGCAUAGGCCCCCUGGGCCCCCCACAGCCUGACCCGGCCCGACGGCUCUCCACUUUCUUUGGCGUCGUGGUGCCCACAGUGUUGUCCAUGUUCAGCAUCGUUGUCUUCAUGCGUGUGGGUUUCGUGGUGGGACAUGCUGGGUUCCUGCAGUCGCUGCUUAUGCUGGUGGUAGCCUAUGUCAUCAUUUUACUGACCGUCCUGUCUGUCUGUGCCAUCUGCACUAAUGGUGCCAUCCAAGGGGGUGGGGCAUAUUUCAUGAUCUCGCGGACGCUGGGCCCCGAGUUUGGGGGCAGCAUCGGGCUCAUGUUCUACUUGGCCAACGUCUGCGCCUGUGGGGUUUACGUGCUGGGGCUGGUGGAGGCUGUGCUGGACGUCUUUGGGGCAGAUGGGACAGAUCCCCCCGGUGCCCAUGCCCUGCCCCAGGGCUAUUUCUACAGCUUCCUGUAUGGCUCACUCGUGCUACUGCUCUGUUUGCUGGUCUGCCUGGUGGGUGCCCGCAUCUAUGCCCGUGCUGCCUUCCUCAUCUUCCUGGUGGUGAACCUGGUGCUGCUGGCCAUCUUCCUCAGCUUCUUCGUGGUGGGGCCCCGCCCGGUGCCCGUGGCCCGUGAUGUCAACCACACCUUCAACACCAGCUUCACCGGCUUCCGCCUCGACACCCUGCGUGCCAACCUGCAUGCCAUGUACUCCCGUGAUUACACCACCAAUAACGUCAUGACGUUUGCCACCGUCUUCGCUGUCAUGUUCAAUGGCUGCACUGGGAUCAUGGCCGGCUCCAACAUGUCGGGGGAGUUGAGGAACCCUAGCAGCUCCAUCCCCAAGGGCACCAUCAUUGCUGUGGUUUACACCUUCGUCAUCUACUUCCUCCUCUUCUUCAUGACCAGCUUCACCUGCGAGCGGACGCUGCUGAAGGAGGACUACGGCUUCUUCCGCUCCAUCAACCUAUGGCCCCCGCUCGUGCUGGUCGGGGUUUACGCCGCAUCCCUCUCAGCCUCCAUGAGCUCCCUCAUAGGGGCCUCCCGCAUCUUGCAUGCGCUGGCCAAGGACGACCUCUUUGGUAUCAUUCUGGCUCCAGCCAAAAUUGUCUCCAAGGGGGGUAACCCCUGGGUGGCCGUUCUCUACACCUGGGCCCUGGUGCAGGUGGUGCUGUUCGCAGGGAAGCUCAACACCAUUGCAGGCAUUGUCACCGUCUUUUAUCUUGUGGCCUACGCAGCCGUGGACCUGGCCUGCCUGUUGCUUGAGUGGGCCUCUGCCCCUAAUUUCCGCCCCACCUUCCAGCUGUUCAGCUGGCACAGCUGCCUGCUGGGCAUUGCCAGCUGCCUGCUCAUGAUGUUCCUGAUCAGUCCGGCUGGCGCCUCGGGCAGCCUGGUGCUGAUGUUAGCGCUGCUGGGAUUUAUCCACCUACGGGCACCUGCCAGCUCCUGGGGCUAUAUCAGCCAGGCCCUCAUCUUCCACCAGGUACGGAAAUACCUGCUGCUCCUGGACGUGCGCAAGGAGCACGUGAAGUUCUGGCGCCCCCAGAUGCUGCUGAUGGUGGCCAACCCCCGGAGUGGGGCACAGCUCAUCCGUUUCGUCAAUGACCUCAAGAAAGGGGGGCUCUUCGUGCUGGGCCACGUGGAGAUUGGGGAGCUGGAUACGAUGCCCUCUGACCCCAUCCAAGCUCACUACAACUUCUGGCUCAGCCUGGUGGACAAACUCAACGUCAAGGCUUUUGUUGAUCUGACCCUCUCACCCUCUGUCCGUCAGGGGACCCAGCACCUGCUGCGCAUCACAGGGCUCGGCGGCAUGAAACCCAACACGCUUGUGCUGGGCUUUUACGACACCUGUGUGCCUGAGGACUACUUCCUCCAUGACCCAGCCUUCAGCCAGGCCCGGGAGAAUGACCACUUUGGGGUGGACCUGCCGGCCUUGCAGGCUCACUUUCCCACGGUGCGCGGGGCCAGCACCCUCAAGGCUCUGCUGGCCUCUGAGUACGUCUCCAUCAUCUCGGAUGCUGUGAAGAUGCACAAGAAUGUCUGUCUGGCCCGCUACUUCCCAUUGCUGGACAAGGAGCGGCUGUUCUCCAAGGCCGGGCGGGCUGAGGGGCGCUUCGUGGACGUCUGGCCCCUCAACCUGCUGCGUCCCGACACUCCAGCGUAUGUGGAUGUUUGCAGCCUGUUUCUCCUCCAGUUGGCCUGCAUCCUCACCAUGGUGAGCUCCUGGCGGGCUGCCCGCCUCCGUCUAUUUCUCUGUGUGGAGUCAGGAGACCGGGGCUGGGUGGGCAAGGAGGAGAAACUCAAGGAACUGCUUAGCAAGCUGCGCAUCAAGGCAUCCAUCCAGACAGUCACCUGGGACCAUGUGGUGGCCUUGCAUGGCCAGCGGCAGGCGGGCGGGGAGGCCCAGCGGGUGACCGAUGAGUAUCUGGCAGCUGUCAAUGCCCUGGUGCUGAAACAGGGGGGCCAGGUGGCUGUGCGGUUCCUCUACUUGCCCCGGCCACCAGCUGACACCUCUUUGUAUGAGCGCUACCUAGAACAGUUGGAGAUCCUCACCCGGGACCUAGGGCCAACCCUACUGGUCCAUGGUCUCACGCCCGUCACCUGCACCGAGCUGUGAGCACCAGAGGAGGGACCCCUCAAGGACAGUCUGGCAGGACCUUUGGAUGUUCUCCCUCUCUGUGGGGCAACUCCUGGGGCGGGGAAGCUGCUAAAUGGUGGCGGUUGGCUCCAUACUUGCCUGGGGCAGACUUGGGAUCUGGGGAACUCCUAGAGCCAGCAGUGGGCUGUGCCUUCCUGCCUUCAGCGUUGAGGUGUGCUUGGGAACUGGGGAAUGCACGCCCCGUGAGAUUAUCUGAGGGGGGGCCUGGCCUUACAUUAGAGCCCCCCCACAUCUGGUGCUUCUGAAUGCAGAGGCACCCCCGAACUGAGGCAGCAAGACAGAGGGGAUUAGAUAUAGCACAAUCUCGUAACUGAGGGGACAAGGGGUGCAAACACUGAGCUUGCACUAUAUGCCAUGAUCUCUGCACUGUUGGGUGGGGAUCCCCAUUUUUCCCAAAAUCAAUGCACUCCAAAUUCCUUCACUGUUUGGAGGUACCCAGAAAAAUGGGUACCCCACUAAACUCAAGCACCCCAAAUUCUCUAUUUGCACCAUGCCACGGCUGUUCGGGGCCCCUAGCUGUUCUUGCACUCCAAAAACCCUUCCGGGGGUUGCCUCUUCCAUGCUCCCCAGUGUCUCUUGGAGGGACACCUGCUGCUCCUUGAUGCCUGUUGCCUUAGUUCUGUGCCUCCCAACCCUACAGCACCAUAAUCCACCUUGCAUAUGGGGGACACUAGCACUCCAGUAGUGUGUCCUGCUCCAGUGGUACAAGGGGCUGCCCCAAAAUAACUCAGCUGAAACUAACCCAGGGGAGGGAUAAAAAGUGUGGACCCCAAAACCAGCCACCCCACUCCACCCUAUCCAGGGCCCAGGCAGUUUACUUACCCUACUAGGUCUAACUUUGGUUAAUGUUCUCUCUGAUACCUCAUGUAACAUGACUGACCAGUGCCCCCUGGAGGAGGGGUAAUAACACAGCAAGCUAUGGGGGGGGUGGGGCUAUUUAGACAUGUAUUUUAACGAGUGCACUCAAUAAAUGGAUAA